AGAGAAAUAUUUAGAAAAAGAAAAAAUUGGGAAUAGAAGUUUCACGAGAGUUGAGUCGAGUCUGAGAAGACGAAAUAAGCAAAGAUUCGCGCGAAGGAACUGAGAGAGAAAUAACAAAGAAACCCUAGAUUAGAUUCAAAUGGCUGAGAAAUUAGCUCCAGAGAAACGUCAUUCUUUCGUGCACAACGGGCAAACAGUGUUUGAAUGGGAUCAAACCCUAGAUGAGGUAAAUAUGUACAUAAACUUACCCCCAAAUGUUCACUCAAAGCAAUUCUACUGCAAGAUUCAAUCCAAACAUCUUGAAGUUGGCAUCAAAGGCAACCCUCCUUAUCUUAAUCAUGACCUCUCCUGCCCAGUAAAGACCGAUUCGUCUUUUUGGACUCUAGAGGAUGGUAUAAUGCACAUAACACUGCAAAAAAGGGACAAGGGAUUGACAUGGUCUUCUCCAGUAUUCGGUCAAGGUCAGUUGGAUCCUUACUCCACUGAUCUUGAACAGAAGCGUCUCAUGCUUCAGAGAUUUCAGGAAGAGCUGCUUUUAGUUUAGGUAUGUAGAAUGAAAAACUUCCAAAAAACCCUGGUUUUGACUUCUCACAGGCUCAGUUUACUGGAAACUGUCCUGAUCCUAGAACUUUCCUGGGUGGGAUCCGCACUGGUUGACAGCCACGAUAUUCCUUGUUGGAUGAGCAUGUCAAUUAAAUUCUGAGCAAUGUUUAGUAAAUAAAACAAUCUGCUUCUCUGCUCACUUUAUCUUCAUGGUUACAUUAGCUUGUUAACCAAUCGUAUGGCAUAUAUCUGUAAUAAGCAGAAUAAGGUGUGGCCAUUUGGUUCUAAUUACUAUUCCUUGUUUAUAAUUUGUAAAAAUCAUUCCAGUGAUCCUUUCAUAAUUAUUAAGUAACUGCAAUUUGCAUACCCA